AUGAGUUCGUGGAGCGAGUUGUCUUCCGUGGUCAAGCUGUGGUCACCGUUCGGCUCGGUUUUGCUGAUUUUAGAGGCUAAAGAUGCAAAGAAAUUACUCAACUCCAAAACAAACAUUUCAAAAGGAAAGGACUACAACUGGGUGCGACCCUGGCUGGGUGAGGGACUUCUCUUGAGCACUGGUGAAAAAUGGGAAAACCGUCGCAAAAUGUUAAAUCCGACCUUCCACUUUAAAAUCUUGGAAGAUUUCAUGCACGUAUUUAACAAAGAGUCGCAAAAAAUGGUGGACAUUUUAAGAAAAGAAUCACAAUCUGGGAAUACCGUCGAUAUCCAUAAUUUCGUGACGCGAUGUGCCUUAGAUAUUAUUUGCGUGACGGCAAUGGGGACCUCCAGCAAUGCACAAGAUUUUCCUGACGGCGAUUACACUAAAGCGAUCAACGACUAUCGACGCCUCACGAAAGAUCGUUCUUUACGACCUUGGCUUCGGUUUGAAACCACGUGGAAACUUUCCUCCUUGUACCAAAGACAGCAAGAGAGCCUUAAAAUGUUGCAUGGUUUCACUACACAGGUAAUUGCGAAAAGAAAGGCUACAUUUUUAAGGGAAAAGGAACAGGCCGCAAGGGAGGACCAGUUUGGGGAGGAAAAUGAUACCGAAAUGAUUUAUUUUAAAAGUAAGAAACGCUUAGCAUUUCUGGAUCUGCUCCUCCAAGUCCAGGUCGAAAAAGGGGAGAAAGAAUUGAGCGAUGUCGACAUUCGCCAAGAAACUGACACCUUUAUGCUUGGAGAACAUGACACGACUUCGUCCAGCUCUAGCUUUACGCUGUUCGUGUUGGGAUCUUAUCCACAAUUUCAGGAAAAAGUUCAUGAAGAACUGGACUCGAUUUUCGGCAAUGAUAAGCAUCGCCCCGUCACAUCGGAAGAUUUAAACAGGAUGAAAUAUUUGGAGAUGGUGAUUAAAGAAUCGCUUCGCCUCUAUCCGCCCGUCCCAUUCAUUCAGCGCACCUUAUCGACGGAUAUUCCUCUCGAUGAUGGUCGAAUACUGCCGAAGGGUGCGACGGUGGGCAUUUUCAUUUACAAGAUUCACAAAGACGCAGAUGUGUUUAAGAAUCCGGAGGAAUUUAGGCCGGAGCGUUUCCUCCCCGGGUUGGAAUCAUACGAUGCGUUGGAAUACAUCCCUUUCUCUGCGGGGCAGAGGAAUUGUAUCGGACAGAAGUUCGCCAUGAUGGAGGAGAAAGUCAUUCUUUCCACGGUCCUACGAAACUUCAAAGUGAAAGUUAUGAUGCCUCUGGAAGACUUGAAAUUGCUCUCAGAAAUCACAUUACGAUCCGACAAUGGGCUUCCGGUACAGUUAAUGGAGAGAUAA